AUGCAUGCAGGCCCGCUUCUAAGCGUGGUCCUGCGGUUUGACCUGGAGGCCGGGAGCGGAAGUCCGGCUGUGGUGAGGGUUCGGGGCUGGGCCUCCCUCCGACACCCACGCUGUGGUCCCCAGGUGUUCGACGCGGGGGAGAUGUUUGGGAUCAUGCAAGUGGAGGAAGUGGAGGAGGAGAGUGAGGACGAGGCCGCACGGGAAGCGCACAAGAAGAAGCCCAACCCGGGCAGCGAGCUCUGCUACAAGGUCAUCGUGACCAACGAGAACGGGCUCCAGGCGGCCGACCCCAACAGCAUCUUCCUCAUCGACCACGCCUGGACAUGCCGCGUGGAGCACGCCCGCCAGCAGCUGCAGCAGAUCCCGGGGCUGCUGCACCGCAUGGCCAACCUGAUGGGCGUCGAGUUCCACGGGGAGCUGCCCAGCGCCGAGGCCGUGGACCAGGUGCUGGAGGAGAUGUGGAAGUUCAACCAGACCUACCAGCUGUCCCACGGGACGGCUGAGGAGAAGGUGCCGGUGUGGUACAUCAUGGACGAGUUCGGCUCGCGCAUCCAGCACGCGGACGUGCCCAGCUUCGCCGCGGCGCCCUUCUUCUACAUGCCCCAGCAGGUGGCCUACACGCUGCUGUGGCCCCUGAGGGACCUGGACACGGGCGAGGAGGUGACCCGGGACUUUGCCUACGGAGAGACGGACCCCCUGGUCCGGAGGUGCAUGCUGCUGCCCUGGGCGCCCACCGACCUGCUGGACGUCAGCUCCCACACGCCCGAGCCGCCCGCCGAGCACUACCAGGCCAUUUUGGAGGAAAACAAGGAGAAGCUGCCACUGGCCAUCGACCCAGUGGUGCGUCCCAGCGACCACAUCUUCAAGGUCCACACGGACGUGCACCAGGUGCUCAGCCACCUCACGCACCCCCGCUUCACCUUCACGCAGAGCGAGGCGGACGCCGACAUCCUCUACAACUUCUCCCACUUCAAGGACUACAGGUGCGGCUCUCCCCCAGGCCCGGGCCCGCCCCGCCCCCCACAGCUCCCACGCCCCUCACAGGCCGUUGCCUGGGAGGGGCCCCGGGCGCAGCCCAGCCUCCCUUCUGCUCCCAGGGGCGAGGACAACCACUGGAUCUGCAAACCCUGGAACCUGGCGCGCAGCCUGGACACCCACAUCACCAGGAGCCUCCACAGCGUCAUCCGGCACCGCGAGAGCAGCCCCAAGGUGGUGUGCAAGUACAUUGAAAGUCCUGUCUUGUUCCUUCGAGAAGACGUGGGGAGGGUCAAGUUCGACGUCCGCUACAUCGUGCUGCUGCGCUCGGUGAAGCCCCUGAGGCUGUUCGUGUACGACGUGUUCUGGCUGCGCUUCUCCAACAGGCCCUUCGCCCUCAACGACCUGGACGACUACGAGAAACAUUUCACUGUCAUGAACUACGACCCGGAAGUGGUGCUGAAGCAGGUGCACUACGAUGAGUUCAUCCCUGAGUUUGAGAAGCAGUACCCAGAAUUCCCCUGGAGGAGCGUCCAGGCGGAGAUCUUCGGGGCCUUCACGGAGCUGUUCCAGGCGGCGUGUGCUAAGCCGCCACCCCAGGGCCUCUGCGACUACCCCUCGUCCCGGGCCGUGUACGCCAUCGACCUCAUGCUGAAGUGGGACAGCCGUCCAGACGGGCAGCGAGUGAUGCAGCCCCAGAUCCUGGAGGUGAACUUCAACCCGGACUGCGAGCGCGCCUGCCGGUACCACCCCACCUUCUUCAACGACGUCUUCAGCACCUUGUUCCUGGACGAGCCCAGCGGCUGCCACGUCACCCGGCUGGUGUAGGCGCCCGGCCUCCUGCGCGGGCUCCUGGUGACCCGG